AUGAACCUAACGGGACUAAAUAUUUCGACCGAUUUGGUUCUAGAUGCGAAGUGGAGCUAUUCCUGGAAAAUUUUAACCUUUGCGUCAGUAUUUCUCUGCAUAUUUCUUGUGAUCGGAGUGUUAAAUGGACUUUUAUUUGUACACUAUAGGAAAAGGACAAUCAAAUUACGGGAUGUGUUUCUGUUAGUCACAUACACAGAAAUAACAAACAUUUCUUCCUUUCUUUCAAUGGCGCUUCUCCUAUUUGAACACGCAAGUCAAUACUCUGAUUUGGUACGAAGUUUCUCUUUUCCUUUUCUCAUCAAUUGUUUCUGUCUGACACAGGUGAUCAUUCUCAGACUUACUCGUCUUCAUGUUCGGCCUAUUCAGUACAACGGGAUCAAGUGUGUUCUUUUCUCAACUUGCGGUAUGCUUUUGAUAACGUCAACUCUCCAAAUCCUAAAAUCCAUGAAUUCCUUCGAUAUGGAUCUCCUAAUUAUAUCGGAUGUGUCUUUCAUGUGCUAUGCUUUAUAUCACAUGCUGUGUUUUAUUUGUGGUGCACCAAAACUUUUUAAAUACACACAGGAAUUACGGAAUGUUAAGCGCGAAAUUAGUAUGCAUACCCUUUCAAAAAGAAAUUAUUCGUCCAGAGAGCCGUCUAUGAGACGAGUUAAAGCUCCUCGACUUAGGCAUUGUGGGAACUUAGUGAAAUUGGUGAGUGACUCUGAAUCUUCCGAAUGCUUGACUGAGCAUACUAAGUCAUCGACUGUGGAAUGCAAUACUUGUAGACAUGUUUCGCCUCACAGACUAGUUUCUAAAUCACCAGCCUGUAACUUUACAAAACGUGAUAAAGUGAAACGAAAGUCAGACACGAAUUUAUUCUAUGAAUCUAAUGAGGAGAUAUUUUCUUUAAAGAUUCGAAUGGACUCUGAGGGAAAAGCCGAUCGUACGAGUGGCCAUAGGUCAAUGUCAUUUCCCCGAGAAGGGUCUGACCUUACACCUUUGACCUUAAAAAUUCCACGAUCUUGUUGUAAUUUACAUAAAUCAGAUACCUUAACUGUCAAUGAUCAUACAGCUUUUAAGAAUAACGUAAGUCCUGCUUCCUCAAACAGUUCAGGUAUUACAAGAACUAGCAGGAGAAACCUUGGCAGCGGUUACGUUGCUGACAGCGAGAUAAUAAGUGUGAACUCUGAGGGUAGUGAUAAAAGUCAGCAGCCGGAAGUGCAGUCCCCAUUUGCCACCACCUUGCCCAAUUCUCUAUCAUUCCUAAGUUUCUAUCGUGUACAGCAAGGCUGUCUGCUUCACAGACUACUGUGCAUAUGCUAUACAUUAACACUGAUACUUGGUAUAUCCUCGUUGAUCAAGAUCUGGCAUGUCUACAGCUUUUGGAGACUACAAGAAGAGAAGGACAUCCAUAAUCAGUUGACAAUACGAUGUUUUGACAGGUUGAUGGAUGUCUGCGUUGUCCUGCUGACUACGAGUGCAGUUCGACUGGUUGUUCGGCAUAGAACUAAUCGGAGACGAAAACCCGACAUGUUAAAGACAGAAUCUAACACUGUCACGUGAUCCUGCGUUUCUUCUUAGAGUAAUAAAUGUGUCUAUUCCAUGUCUUAAAUCAAUCAUUUUUGUAUUGAAUGUGAAGGUUUAAUUAUUAAUAUCCCGACUGACUAUGUCCUUGGUCUGUGAAAUAUUCAUUUGCUUGAGAUUGUAUUCUUUAUCACAUUUCUAGAAAAAUAAUAUUGAUGGUUUGUACUUGAGUUCAGAGAUGCAUCUUCAAGUUCAAUUUAUUACACUUCGCCAACAAAUAUUUUUAGAUUGACAUUUUAUGAUUUGAAUUUAUAAGUCUGAGCAGAUCUUGAAUCAAAGUAUUUGCUUCUUCGUCAAUCAAAAUUCAUACAUGUUCAAAAUUCCGAAUUUUCUUGUCAACUUGUAUUUGAUAUAUAGUUCAAUACCCUUUAUUGUUUGACAUAUCUCUUUAAUUGCCUUCAUAAUGUCCAUCUCAGGUCUUUGAUAGUGUUUUAGAUAUGAUGUCCAAAAUUAGACUUCGCAUGUUGAUACAUGUAUGAAGGUCUUGAAUGUUGUGAUCUCUCACAUUAAAUCCGAAACCUUU